GUACCUAUAUCUAAACGUGAAUAUUUUACCAUUAUGUAGGUACUUUUAAAAUUAAGAAGAAUUUAUAGUAGGUAGUUAAAAAUUGGUAUCUAUGAACCGAGAGACGGACAUAGCUAUAGGUAAUCAUUUCAGUAAGGCUGGUGAUAGUUUGUCUGCCUUUGGCCCCACUAUAGGUAAGUAUGGUAGCCAAGUAUGGAGUUUCUACAGUGGUGGCUUUUGAAGAUAAUCGGUUCCAAAUUUCCAGGUCUUCUGCAGGAUUUUGGUCCACUAACAUUUUACACUGAAAAUCCAACUAUUUUUUAAUUUAGUACUUAAAGAGGAAUUCCUAACGUGCUAAGUUUGAAUGUUCCGAGAAAGAGGCCUACCAUUAUAAUAGAAAAGACUUUUUUUGUUUAUUACCUACCAACUCUGUAAUUCUGUCACACACUGUCACAUUAGGUAAGUCAUGAAUCAAAUCUGUGAAUCCACUACUAUCAAAACAUGGGGUCCUACAAAAAAUAAAUAUUUAAGUUAAUAUAUUUAUACCUAAAUAUGACUCAUACAUACUGUGUCUAAAUAAAAUGUAAAACAAAUCAGCAAUUCUUAUAAUAAAUCAUGCAGAGGAAUCCGGCGUAUGGAAGCUUCGGCUUUCAAAGUUAUCCAAAAACAGCUCCACCAAUAUUCCCCCAAAUAGUAGGCGAAGGUGAUGUUACAGCUAUAACAUAUCCAGAUGGCAGUGUACAGUUUUAUUUUUUUCCAACAUUCAGCCCAAAGCACGCAUCUUUUCCAUAUAAUGUUAACAAUAUGGAUGGCAGGUUUUUUCCUUUUCCAACUAACACUGAGAUGUGGUUCGUACGAAACAUAAGUUCUCAACCGAAUUUAAAUAUUUCUGUUCCACCUGGAAAUUUUAAUGUUCUACUCCCAAACACAUUUGGAGAAUGUCCGCCUUAUUCACCCCCAAAUUAUUACAUGAACGCCAUUCCACCUGCCUACCAUGAAUAUACACAAAAGUUUCAUAACGACGCUUGGACGUCAACAACUGAUAUUCAUUACUUCUAUCCAAGUUUACGACGAACGCCAUAUUUGCAAUAUUGUGCGGUAACUCAAACUGAACCAGACAACCAACCAUUACAAAAUAACAUUGAAUGGAAGGGUGAUUGUCACUGCAGAAAAUACCAAGAGACAGUUCAAAUUAAAAAUCAACCAAAAGUGCAAUUCAGGUCUAGCCACAGUUGCAUGUCCGUCGAUAGCGAAAGUGAAUUGGAGCAACGGAGGAAUAAAAAACAUAAAAGAAACAAAAGUACUUCCAAAGACAUUGUAUGUCAUUGCAAACGGAAAUUAAAGGACACUUCGAACAAACUUAUUACGACGUAUGCCGAUCAGGCGACUGAAAAUGUCCCUACGGAUGGCCGUGAAACACAGACAAAUAGAGGUGAUAUUAAAACACAAAAACCUAACAAUCAAAAACGUCAAGUACCAAGAACCCGACUCUAUAUCAAAAGCAGCUCAAGUGAGAGCAGCUGCUUUUGCGGCAACUGCUCGUGCAGUAAUUCAAAGAACGCAAGGCCCGAACACUAA